AUGCUCGUGGGAUUGUUGGUGGCCGUGGCAAUCACAUUGUCGGAGGCUUCCAUUCAAAAAGUCUCCAUUAAUGGCAGUACGAUUUGCGGAGAUCGUUACAUAUCGGGAGUGACCGUGCAACUCUGGGAAGAGGACACUUUUGAUCCAGACGAUUUGCUCGAAGAGGGGAUCACCGCCAAAACAAACGGAACAUUCUCGGUGUCUGGCGUCACUGAAGAGACAACCUUAAUCGAGCCCUAUGCGCUCUUCAUUCACAAUUGUGAUGUCAAGAAUGCAGAGAAAUGUGUCCGUAGCACUCGAUUCCCGAUUGAUAGAAAGUACAUCAAUGGUCCUGUUUAUGAAAUGAGUCUUGUGCAAUUGAAGACACGACAAGGAGAAGACAAAGAAACGUGUCGUGAAAAAAAA